CAUUCGUUGUCUAUGGGUAUUUUCUAUCUCUCUCACUCAAUUGUCUUUCUUUUCAAAAGCAGCACGUGUAGACGCGGACGACUUGUGAACAUCGAUUUUAAUUAUUUAGUUUAAAUAAGCCAAAUAUGCCGUCGGACGCGAAGAAGAGGGCUCAACAGAAGAAAAAAGAGCAGGCCAGUAAUAGGAACAAAAAACCCGUUGCAAGAGUGACUAAUUCGGAAGAAAAUGGAUCGGCUACUAACGGCACCGAAAAGGAGGAAAGAGAGCUGACCGCUGAAGAGGCCCUCUGUAUGAAACUGGAGGCAGAGGCGAAGAUGAACUCGGAGGCGAGGUCCUGCACCGGAUCCCUGGCGGUGCAUCCUCGCUCCCGUGACAUUAAGAUCGCCAACUUCUCCAUUACGUUCUACGGAAGCGAACUACUGCAAGACACGCUGCUUGAGCUUAACUGUGGCCGACGAUAUGGCCUGGUUGGACUCAAUGGAUGUGGCAAGUCGUCUCUACUCGCAGCGUUGGGUCGUCGUGAGGUGCCAAUACCGGAGCACAUCGACAUAUUCCACCUGACGCGCGAGAUGCCUGCCUCGGAUAAGACCGCGCUGCAAUGCGUGAUGGAAGUCGACGAGGAAAGGGUUAAGCUGGAGAGGCUCGCCGAGACCUUGGCGCAGUGCGAUGAUGACGAUGCGCAGGAGCAGCUGAUGGACGUGUACGACCGCCUGGACGACCUCAGCGCCGACACGGCGGAGGCGCGCGCCGCGCACAUCCUCCACGGUCUCGGCUUCUCCAAGGCCAUGCAGCAGAAGGCCACCAAGGACUUCUCUGGAGGUUGGCGCAUGCGCAUCGCCCUGGCGCGUGCGCUGUAUGUCAAGCCGCACCUGCUGCUGCUCGACGAGCCUACCAACCACUUGGACUUGGAUGCCUGCGUGUGGCUUGAAGAAGAGCUCAAACACUACAAACGCAUCCUCGUCCUGAUAUCGCACUCGCAAGACUUUCUGAACGGCGUGUGUACCAACAUAGUGCACAUGAGCAAACGCCGGCUGAAAUACUUCACGGGAAAUUACGAAGCCUUCGUGCGCACACGCAUGGAGCUUCUUGAAAACCAGAUGAAGCAGUACAACUGGGAGCAGGACCAAAUCGCGCACAUGAAGAACUAUAUCGCGCGGUUCGGUCACGGCUCAGCUAAGCUCGCGAGGCAGGCUCAAUCCAAGGAGAAGACAUUGGCCAAGAUGGUCGCCCAGGGGCUCACAGAGAAGGUGGUGGAUGACAAGACACUGAACUUCUACUUCCCUUCGUGCGGGAAGGUGCCGCCGCCAGUUAUCAUGGUGCAGAAUGUAUCGUUCCGGUAUACAGAUACAAGCCCGUGGAUCUACAAAAAUCUAGAGUUCGGUAUUGACCUAGACACGCGGCUUGCGCUUGUGGGACCCAACGGGGCCGGCAAAUCCACACUACUCAAACUACUGUACGGAGAUCUUGUGCCCUCAACGGGUAUGAUCCGCAAGAACUCCCACUUGCGCAUCGGGCGCUACCACCAGCAUCUGCACGAGUUGCUAGACCUGGAUCUGUCUCCCCUGGAGUACAUGAUGAAGGAAUUCCCCGAGGUGCGCGAGCGCGAGGAGAUGAGGAAGAUCAUCGGCCGGUACGGACUCACCGGCAGGCAACAGGUGUGCCCCAUGCGUCAGUUGUCGGACGGGCAGCGCUGCCGCGUGGUGUUCGCGUGGCUCGCGUGGCAGACGCCGCACCUGCUGCUGCUCGACGAGCCUACCAACCAUCUGGAUAUGGAGACCAUCGACGCGCUCGCCGACGCCAUCAACGACUUCGACGGAGGCAUGGUGCUGGUCAGCCACGACUUCAGGCUGAUCAACCAGGUCGCUGAAGAAAUAUGGAUAUGCGAGAACGAGAGAGUCACAAAGUGGGAGGGAGGCAUCCUGAAGUACAAGGACCACCUCAAGUCCAAGAUCCUAAAGGAGAACGCAGACAACGCGGCCAAGAUCCGCAAAUAGUCAUGAUCGUGUUACCCUAGACGUAAUGUUAGGUACUCGUUGCCGACCGUCACCGAGCCCACACUAAGCAGCCUUAGCACAUGCAUACAUAUACGUACGUCAAUAAAAUCAUAAUUGCCAGGUCUAACUAACAAAUAAAUACCAUUUUUCCGAGUUCGUAGACUUAAAUCGACUUUUGAAUCCUAUUCAAGUUAACAUCACUAUUGAUAUUGUAAAUUUUAACUUUUAGAAUAAAAUCAGUAGUUCCAGAGACGGCCUCUAUAAUGCCUUAUAAUAUAAGUAACGAUAAAAGCAAUAUUACGUGGUCUUAAUUCUUUGUGGGACUACUGAAGAAUGAUUUAAAGUGCUUUUGAAUGUAUUGCCAUGUUAAGAAAACUAUUGGCUCACACAAUCUGCACAACGAAGUUAGCGAGAGCUUUAAAAUCAUAAACAGUGUCUUAUAAUAUGUUUGGUGUUGUGCGGUGUGGUCGGGGACAGUCGCGGAAUGAUAAUGUGAUGGACAAUUAGGAUUGUGAUUCCUUAAAGCUGCCUAUUUUGAAUUCUUAGAGGUAUUAUUACUCAUGAUGUCGCCGUUUGCGAGAUAGUCUAUUUGGGAUACACUCGAACUGAAGGCAAGUUUGAAACUGCCGAGUACCUAGGAGUAGGAAAUUUAUUUAAAAAAAUUACCUAAUCAAAUGUAGGGGCAUUGGGGAAUAAUGUAUGUUUUGUAUGGUUUUUUUUAUAUUGAGCAAGACAAAAAGCUGCACAUCUUAUUGCCUUAUGCUUUCAUCAAGAGCCAGUUGCUUAUGCAUAAAGCUAAUGCUGUAUAUGAAGCAAUUUUACAUAGGCGUGCUAAAUAGUGCAAUAAUAUGUUUUGCACAGUUUUAUAAGAAAUUUUAUUUAACAAAAUAAUAUUAUAGUGAUGAAUUGUUGUCAACCAGGGUGAGUGGUUAUUGAUUACACCGCGUCUCUUCGAAUAAUCUUAGACGCUUCUUGAAACAGAGAGAGCUAGUAGUGAUUACAAUACAGUUUUAUUAGCAAAAUUACUUUCUAUUACACUAACCAAGAAGAAGCUAUGAUAGAUAAUGAUAUAGAAGUGCUCUUGGCUUAUAGGUGCAAAAAUUUAACUAAUUUCAACUAUUACUGCCUAAGUGUAUAUUUUCUACAUCUAAAUUGUUUUUAAACCGUUUAGUGUACGUAUGUAAAUUACGAGUAUACAUAAUAAUAUAUUUUGUCAUGUUGUAAAUUAGCAUCUAAAUGAAAUGUAUUAUUGACUAUCCCCUUAGUUCUGAUGAGCUGGUAUUAAUCCGUAUCCAUGAAUUAACUUUAUCCUCGGAAUGGGGGCGACAAUAAUAAAAGGCUAUAUUAGUUCGUAGGAAUACUGUGAAUCCAUUAGAAUGGUCGACCUAAAUUAGAAGAAAAAAAUCUUUGUUUAAUAUACAAUUGACGUGCGUUAAUGACGUGAAACUUUAUUAAGCAAUAUUCCCCUAUCAUUAUAUUAAUCACAAUUUUGAAACUUUAAUAAACAAUAUUACCCUUUAUUAUUUUAUUAAUCUUAAUUUUGAAUCAUUGAUUUAUUUAUCCAUUAGGUACUAUGUAAUUGUAAGUUGAAUUUAGAUCUUGACAUUUUAUUUCUGCCUUUGCUAGGGGUUCAUCGUGAUUUACAUGUUGCAGAAAAUAAUAAUAAAAAUUCUGUGAUUUUCUGUUAGAUAAAUAAAACAUCUGAUUUUGAUGUGUGAAGACUGAGAGGACCAUUACUAUGUACUUUUAUUUAUUGACGUAUUGUCGCCUCCACUCUGUAUGAGAAUGUUUUAUGUGUCUGAAAAAGAUUGUCAGUAAACGCGACGUAUAUAAUAAUCCCUUAUAUUCUAGUGUACUGUAUUAACUUUCGGUAAGUAAACACUAGGCGUAAUUACAGCUAAAAAUAGGUAGCAAACUAUGCCGGUACUACUUAGUUUUGGAUCACAUAUUAUAAUUUAUACUGUGAAUAUGUUAACAUCGCCUCUCCAAUAUUUAUUAACCUAUAUUAGUGGUAGUUUUAUAUAUUUUUUCACAUUUAGUGAUAUGUAUACACGUGACACCAGAAAAUUCCACUUUAAAAUAUGCUGCCGCAGUAGUCGAUAAUAAUAUGUUUACACUUUACACAAAUAAAGGAGUUUUAACGUUUGUAAUCUGUUUUAAAUAUACACAUUAUCAUAAAAUACAAAUCAGAUUAGCUGUAGAAGUAGUUUUCACCAGAAUGUCUAAGAUUAUAAAUUCAAUAUACCAAUAUUCUACUAUUAGAAGCAUAAUUCUUUAAUAUUCCAUAGCAAUUAAGAACAUAAUUAUAUCUUACAUUGGACAAGCAUUUUGAUGUACACUGUUAACAUACGUGUCAAACACAACAGAUUUACUAAAGCCUUCACCAUAAGUGCAUUAUACAUAGAUUUUCAUAAGAAUGUGUUGUCAGGAAAUGUUAUUCGUUGAUCGUUUGUAAAUCGCAAUCAAGCUUCGUUGUUUCACUAAAAGUGCGAUUAAUUAAAAACAAGCAUUCGUUAGUUGCCUACGUGAAUCAUAAAUUGUUAUUUUGUUAAUCGGAGAACAAUAAAUUGAAAUAUGCAACGAUACAAAUUGAAUGGUAUUAGUUGUAAUAUGUUGAGCAUUUUCAUCGUUAGCCGGUCGCGGUGACGGCAUAGCAGUAGCUUGUCUAAUUUUAUUGAAAUAUCAGCUAUUUAUGUCCUUCAUCUUGGGAUGACAUUGCCGCUGCCGUUACCGUCUAAUUAGAAAACUAGGAUCCUUAGUUUUCAAUUAAAAGUUGAUUCAACAACAAAAAUAAUAAUAAAACUAGCUGACAACAUAGUUCCAAUAAGUGGCUUAAAAUAAAUCUGUUAUUAAACGUCAAAUUUCAAUGUUAAAGACACUCCUUGCAUAACAGGACUACAUUUGCUGUUGACUGUGCAGCCCUAAACGUUAAAACUACGUGUGUUCAAAAUAUAAGCAAUAAAUACCUGUGUCAUUGAAUAAUAUUGUCCUAAUCUACAUUUUCAGAAAUAUUUAAUGUGAUCAAUCUGUGCAGUUCCAUGUUGUGUAUAAACUGUAACCAUCACGUUUUUGUUAUUAGCAAAGUUUUAUGAUAGACUAAGAGCUAGUGAACGCCAGACCUACGUCAUUUUAUAAAAGCUGAAGUUUGUCCGCGUAUGCUCCCAAUAUAGGAUAGAAUGUUGGUGAAUCAUGAAGUUUGGGUCAUCGUGGCUUUGGCAGCUAUCCUAAAAAAACAGUCUGGCAACUGGUAAAGUCUGGAUUUGGAACUGUCAAAACUGUCUGGCUGAUGAGGAAACUACGUUAUACCAUAAAAUCUUAUUUUUAUGUUUAAUAUUUGGGCAAUGAUCAGAAAUUGUUUCCACAUCAGCGAGCAAAACUGACAAACUUUCAGCUUUUAUAAAAUGACGUAGGUCCUGGAGUUCACCAGCUCUUAGUCUAUGAGAAAAAUGUAUAAAAGUUCAAAAACCAUGCACUUAUUAGAGUACAUUUCUAAAGCAAUAUUUCUUACUAUACCAAAGUAA